UUGAGAGUGUAGGUGAUGGUAUUUCUGAAAACUGGUUAGGGAAACGCGUUUACGGAGUUACAAGGUUUGGCAGUUACGCGACUUAUAUUAAUGUGCCAAUAGUCUACGUUAAAGAAACACCGAAGGAUUGGACUGAUCAGCAGGCUUGUGCCUAUCCGGAUCAAAUGGUUAAUGAUGUAAUGAUGUAUUUAUUAAUUGUGAUUCAGGUCCAAACGUUAACUGCUUACUAUGCACUCGAAGAACUUGGACGACUUAAACCAAAUAAUAGUGUUUUAGUUCACUCAGCUGCAGGAGGAUGUGGUUUAGCAGCCCUUUCCAUUCUUAGCAAGAAAUCGGCAAAAGUUGUGGGUACAGUUGGUACAUUAUCAAAACUAGAUUUUUUAAAUCAAAAAUAUGGAGAAAAUCCAAAAUUCACGUUUAUUCUUCGGGAGCCGGCUAAAGAUUUUGAAAGUCGAGCAAAGCAAGCUUUGUUAAAGAUGGAUCAAGAAGAUUUAUUUGACAUAGUGUUAGAUAGUGUAAUGGGGAAUUGGUUUUGGCCAAAUUAUAAUUUAUUGGAAAAAGAGGGUAAAUUAGUUCUUUAUGGAUCAGCAAGUUUUACACCAACAGGAAAUUUACAUCCUAUAUGGAAUAUAAUUCAGUGGAUAAAAUUGGGAUGGAAAUACAUUUGGAGGCCAACAAUUGAUCCUAUGAAAAUUGUUCAAGAUAAUAAAUCUGUAAAAUUGGAACCACCGUCAAAUAUAUACGAAUUUAGAUUCGAUCAAGCUGUAGAAGCAUUAACAUAUUUAAAAUCAGGAAAAAGUAUCG